AUGCCUAUCAACCAGCCGUCUAACCAAAUCAAGCUUACCAACGUCUCGUUGGUACGCAUGAAGAAGGGCAAGAAGCGCUUCGAAAUCGCAUGCUACAAGAACAAAGUCCUCGAGUGGCGCAACAAGAUCGAGAAAGAUCUCUCGAACGUCCUCCAGAUCGAAAAUGUCUUCCUGAACGUCAGCAAAGGACAGGCAGCACCGAAGGCCGACCUCGACAAGGCGUUCGGCAAGAAGCCCAUGGAGGAAAUCAUCCUAGAGAUCCUCGACCACGGCGAACUACAGGUCGGAGAGAAAGAGCGCGGCGCUGAACUCGAACGUACGAAGAACGAAGUAAUCGACAUCGUUGCCGGCAAGUUGGUCGACCCCAGGACGAAGCGCGUCUACACCACCGGCAUGAUCGAGAAAGCUCUGGAUCAGUUGAGCACCCACACACAAGCGCAACAGCAGGAGCACAAGGCCGGGACAGAGACACCGGACGGCGAGGACAAGGCGAAAGCACUGCCCAAGUGGAGCGGCGUUGUGACAACAAAGUCUGCCAAGUCACAAGCUCUAUUCGCUAUGAAGGCGCUCAUUGCCCACCAGCCGAUCCCUGUCGCACGUAUGCAGAUGAAGCUGCGUGUCAGUUGCCCGACAUCCGUACUCAAACAGGCGGUCAAGAACGCACCAAAGGCACAAGCAGACGGCGAAGAGAAGGCCGCCACUGGUACAGUUAAGGAUACAAUCCUGGCAUUCAUGGAGAAGAUCGAAAGCCAGGACACCAUGGGCGCCGAAUGGGAAGCUGUGGGUCUGGUCGAGCCCGGAGCGUUCAAGGGUCUCAACGAGUUCAUCGAGAGCCAGACCAAGGGCAGAGGAAAUGUCGAGGUCAUGGAGAUGGCUGUUGGUGCCGAUGACUGA